ACGACUUCUUGACAGACAUCGCGCUGCCGGUCUUUUUGCCUUACCAAUGACCAAACUGUGGUGGCGUCCGCUCGACUCCCAUUGUCAACAACACCCACCACAGUUCGGUGUAUGAUUUUGCGGCUGUUGAGUGCGGUAUUCCGUGUUGUCAUGAAGCCGCAGGUGGUGUUUGUGCUGGGCGGGCCUGGAGCCGGGAAAGGAACCCAGUGUGCCAAAAUCGUGGAGAACUAUGGCUACACUCAUCUGUCAGCUGGUGACCUGCUGCGGGCAGAGCGAUGUCGGGAGGGAUCAGAAUACGGGCAGCUCAUUGACAGCUUCAUUAAGGAGGGCAAGAUCGUUCCUGUGGAGAUCACCAUCAGUUUGCUAAAGAAUGCAAUGGAAGAGACCAUGCAAAACGACCAGGAGAAGUUCCGUUUCCUCAUUGAUGGUUUUCCCCGUAACCAGGACAACCUUCAAGGGUGGACCAAUGUGAUGGAAGGCAAAGCUGAUGUUAAAUUUGUCCUGUUUUUUGACUGCAGCAACCAGGUUUGUGUUGACAGGUGUUUAGAAAGGGGAAAGAGCAGCGGCCGCACUGAUGAUAACCGAGAGAGUCUGGAGAAACGCAUCCAGACCUACUUGCAGUCUACACGACCAAUCAUUGAGCAGUAUCAGCAGCAGGGUAAAGUACGCACUGUGGAUGCAUCUCGCAGCGUGGAAGAGGUAUUUGCUGACGUGAAGCGCCUUCUGGACAAGGAAGGAUAGAACCAUCUGUCAGUCUCUGGUGUCCAGGCACUUCUCUUUCAUUUCUCUUUCAUGGGUUCAAAAAAUAUUCGCUGUAUAUAUCCAGAAAUUUUUGAGUGGAAGUGUUUUAGGGCAAUAGUUUCUGUAACUAACUCCAAAAUGUGAGGUGUCUGUUGAAGAGGCUGAGUGUAUGUACUGCUGAGUUUAUAUAUGUGUAUGAAUGUGUGUGUAUGUAUUUAGGCUGAUGGGGACAAGGGGAGGUGGUCAGUGUUUUAAAAGCCUUGAGUCAGUAGUAUAAGGCAUUGUGUGACUACAGCUGCUAAGUUAGACAUAAAAUAGAAGUCCUGUUUUGAUUUAACAAAAAAAAAAACUCAAUUAAUUGAUUUGGUUGUUGAGUAGAAAGAAAUCCAUGGGUCUUUGCAAAUUUAUGCGUUUUGAGUGUUAUCUUCAGAGCUGACAUAUUUCUUAAGUUAAAGUAUGUAUCUCAAUUUUUUUUGAACCGCUGUGUUCAACUGAACUACUACAGGUGUCUAUAUUUCCUGUAUGAGCCCAGAGCCGUCAGCACGGUGGAUGAUUCAGAAAUGGACGUUACUAAAUAAUCACUGGAAAUUGGUUAAGUUUUCUGUGGAGUGCCAGCUGUUGAUUUAGAGAUUGUAGAAAUCCAUAGACUUAGACAGCUAUAGGUAAUUUAAAAAACAGGAUGAGAAUCUCCUGUAGAGUUAUAUUUUAAAUUCCGUUAAAUCAUUGUCAUUUGUACCUUUCUGUGACCUAAUUGUUGUUUGAUGUCAUGAGCAUAACACAACAUAUCCGUAACAUUCUUAAAUUUGGGUACAGAUAAUAUGGUCAUCACUGACACACAGUCUCUGUUGUAUUUAUCCCAUUCUGCUAUGAAGAUUGCCAUCUCCCUCUCUUGGCUUGGAGGGUCCUUACAAGUCAUUUUAAUUUUAAGUUUAUGCAUUUUUAUAUCAUUAUGCUGAAUGUGUAGACAAGAACCUUGUAAGUUGUAAACAACUGAACCAGUUAUUAAAUGUAAAUUGAAGCAGUUUUUUAAUUGUGAAAAUGGAAUGAACAAAACUGUACAAAUACAAUAUGCACUAAUAUCUGUGUGUGUUUGUUUUUCCCCUUGUAAGGAAUUCAGAAAAAAUAGUCACCUGGUGGCAGCUUAUGGUGUGUGCUUAUUGCUUUUUCUCAGUCAUUAUAAUUCAUGAGUUUGUAAAAUCACUCUUUUACAAUGUUAUGUAAGGAAUAUAAGAGGGAAAUGACAACUGACUGCAUGGGUUCGAUCCCUGCUCAGUCUGUGUGGAGUUUGCAUGUUCUCCCUGUG